AUGCACUUGUUUGUCAGCACUGUUAAUAAUAAGGAGCAGUUUUAUACUACCUUUGUAUAUGGUUUUAAUGAUGAUAAUGGUAGAAUCAGUUUAUGGAGGGAUUUACAGGAGUUGAUGGUAAUUCAGCCUUGGUUAGUUUUGGGUGAUUUUAAUGAUAUUUUGGCUAAGGAGGAUAGAAUUGGCAAGCGGGUUAAGCACAAUAAUUCUCAGCUGUUUCAGCAUUGUGUUGCAACCUGUCAUUUGGAGGAUGUCAGAUUUAGAGGUAAUUACUAUACCUGGACUAAUAAACAGCAAGGAGAUGAUAGGAUUUAUUCCAAAAUUGAUAGAGUCAUGGCUAAUCAAUCUUGGCUAGAUCAUUUUACAACUGCUGAAGUGAGCUUUCUUAAUGCGGGAUUAUUUUAUCAUUCCCCUGCCUUACUUUCGGUUUAUCCUGAUUAUACAAGUGGCAAAAAACCUUUCAAAUAUUUUCGAAUGUGGAAAUUGUAUCCAAAUUUUCAUGAUCAGAUUUGUAUGGAUUGGAGUAGGCCUAUUAGUGGAACUAUGAUGUAUAUAGUUGUUCAGAAGCUUCGAAGACUUAAAGGCCUUUUGAAAGAGAUUAAUAAGGGGGGUUUUAAUGAUAUUCAUGCAGCUGACCUGAAUGCUUCUAGAGUUCUAUCCGAUUUCCAGGAGAGAUUGUUGAGAGAACCUCUUAAUGCUGAGGUGAUUAAGUUGGAAGGGGUUGCUAGAGAAAAUUAUGCUGUUGUCCAUAAGGCUUACUGCUCUUUUUUGCACCAAAAAGCUAAAGUUCAUUGGCUCAAAGAAGGGGAUGAAAAUACUGGUUUUUUUCAUGCUAGCAUCAGAGAUAGAAGAAGUCAAAAUAAAAUUUAUUCUAUUACAACAGAUUCUGGUGAAUGGAUUGAUCAACCAGGAAAAGUAGCAGAUGCUUUUAUCAGUUACUAUAAGAAAUUGUUGGGUAGCUGCAUGACAGGUCAGAUUUUGAAAGAGAUUAAUGCCACUGUUUUAACCCUUAUUCCGAAAUGCAAGUGCCCUGCUAGUGUUAUUGAUUACCGUCCCAUUGCUUGUUGUAAUGUGCUUUACAAGACUGCCACUAAGCUUAUUUUCACUAGAUUACGGUCUAUCUUAUCUGAGAUAAUAGCUCCUAAUCAAGGCGGGUUUGUUAAGGGGAGAUCUAUUGCCCACAAUGUCAUGAUCUGUCAGGAUCUUGUUCGGCAUUAUGGGAGAAAAUCUGGUAAAGCUAAAUGUCUCAUUAAAUUGGAUUUGAGGAAAGCUUAUGAUACUCUUGAAUGGGAUUUUAUUGAAGAAAUGCUUGAAGCCUUUAAUUUCCCUGCCAAAUUCAUUUCUCUGGUAAUGCAGUGUGUGAGAACUCCUAGAUUCUCUUUAAUGUUUAAUGGAUCUUUGCAUGGCUUUUUUGAGUCUAAGCGCGGGUUAAGGCAGGGAGAUCCUAUGUCUCCUCUCCUUUUUUUUCUGAGUAUGGAAUACUUAACUAGAAUCGUGCAAAUGAUUGGGCAGAAAGAUGACUUCAAGUUUCAUGAGAGAUGUGAGAGACUUCAUCUUAAUCACCUUAUUUUUGCGGAUGAUGUAUUGCUCUUCUGUCGAGGUGAGUACAAAUCCAUCUAUUAUAUGUUGCAAGGUCUUAAGUUGUUCUCUGAUUCUUCUGGUCUCAUUCCGAAUGAUUCAAAGUUUGCCAUCUAUUGUUGUGGUAUGACUGACGAUGAGACUCAGCAAGUCUUGGAUGCUUCGGGGUUCUGUAGGAGUUUUUUGCCUUUUAAAUAUCUGGGAAUGCCCAUCUGUUCCAAGCGAAUAUCAAUGAAAGAGUGUGAUAUUUUAAUAGAUAAAAUGGCUGCUUGGAUUAAGUGCUGGAGUUCCAGAAAUAUUUCUUUUGCUGGGCGUGUGACCUUAAUUAAUUCUGUUCUUCUGUCAAUUCACUCUUACUGGAAUCAACUAAUGAUUUUCCCUAAGAGAGUCUUGGCUAAAAUUUCAGCCAUCAGCAGAGCUUUUCUCUGGAAAGGUCAAGUUUUUUCUAUGAAUUCUGGUAAUAUUGCCUGGGACCAGAUUUGCAAACCAAAAAAAGCAGGAGGCCUUGGUUUCAAGGAUUGUUAUAUUUGGAAUAUUGCUACCAUUGGCAAGUAUAUUUGGGCUGUUGCAGAAAAGAAAGACAAUUUAUGGGUUAAGUGGGUGAUUGAUGUUUAUAUCAGAGAUAAGGAUUGGUGGGAUUAUGUUGCCCCUGUUCAGAGCAGUUGGUAUUGGAGAAAAAUCGUUCAAGUCAAGGACCAGUUUAAAAAUUUGAGAUCUCUUCAGCAGUUAAGCACUACUGGUUAUCAAAUUCGAAAGGGUUAUCAAUUACUUAGCCCUAUAAUUGAGACUGUCCAUUGGUGCAAGGAAGUGUGGGGGAGAUUAAAUAUCCCCAAACAUAGCUUCAUCCUUUGGCUUGCUGUUCAGAAUCGGUUAAAGACUAAAGAGAGGCUUCAGAGAUUUAAUAUUCUUAAUGACUCUACAUGCUUGCUCUGUAAUAGUCAACCUGAAAGUGCUACUCAUUUAUUUUUUGGUUGUAGCAUCAGUUUGAUUUGCCUUCGGCAGGUUCAACUUUGGCUGGGCUGGAAUGCAAAUGCAUCUUCUUUGGUGGCUGUUUUGUGUUGGAUUGAGAGAGCGAAGCUUAGUAAGUUCAGGAAGCUCUUGUACUCUGCUGCAGUUGCAGCCGUGACUUACCAGAUUUGGAAAGGGCGUAAUGAGGUUUUGUGGUCUCAAAAACAAUUUCAUAUUGAUGUAGUUGUACAAUUGGUUAAAGAUAAUAUAGUCUCUUAG